AUACGUCAGAGGAUAUCAGGUUCCAGUGGAGCUACGCCCGAUGAUGGAUACAGUUCAUCCAGUGGAAUGCCCAUAGCCAAUCCUGACCUCGCAGCUGCCCUUCCCAAUCUUUCCUCCUUAAUCAGUUCACUUCGAAAUUCCAAGGAUGAAGUUUUCUUGCAAUGGGAGACGCGUCGACAAAAAUUGGACCACUGCUAUCAGCUCAAGCUUUUCGAGCAGGAUGCUGAUAAGAUGUUUGAAUGGAUUCGACGGCAUUAUGCGCUUGCCAAUCAGCGGCUACUGGAAAUCGGCGACUGCGAGCAGUCCACAUCGAUGCUACUCGCCGAGCACUGCGACUUCUUAAAAGCAGCCAAUAACACGGAAGUGAACAUCUCACAUGUGAUGACAGUCGCAAAACGCCUUCGUGAGAUUGGCAACUACGGAAAAGCUCACAUUGAAAGUGUGGCUAUUCGUCUGGACGAGGAAUGGCGACGUUUCAAGCACAUCAACGAACAGCGCUCACGCUUGCUCGACUUGGCCCUUUCAUUUCAUCGCAAAAGUCACAUUUAUUUGUCGAAUGCACCAGCAUGGCUUCAUCAAAUCACACUGGAAAAUAGCAGACAUAUGGGGCAGUACUCGGGUGAUGAGCUCGAAGCAGCAAUCGCCGAACAUGAACGCUUCGGGGAAAUGUUCUCGCAGAGUUAUGCAGAAUAUUUGUCGAACGCGCCAGCAUGGCUUCAUCAAAUCACACUGGAAAAUAGCAGACAUAUGGGGCAGUACUCGGGCGAUGAGCUCGAAGCAGCAAUCGCCGAACAUGAACGCUUCGGAGAAAUGUUCUCGCAGAGUUAUGCAGAAGCUGUGGGUGAUGGUCGGUCCUUAACGCAAACACUCAAAAUGCUGGCUGGUGAUGCUGCUGGCCAAAACAGUGCCUAUAAGCAUGCCGUUGAUCUAAUUCAGCAGAUAACCGGUGCACAUAAAGAAUUAUACUGCCAGUGGCAAACGAAGAAGCUACGUUUACAUUCGCGACUGGCGCUAAUUGCCUUUGAAACGGACACUCACCGAGUUCUUCAAUGGCUUGAGGAGCACGGAGAUGCGUAUCUGAAUAAAAAUACAGCCAUCGGUAAUAACCUAUCGCAGGCGAAGGUUCUUCAAUGGCUUGAAGAGCACGGUGAUGCGUAUCUGAAUAAAAAUACAGCCAUCGGUAAUAACCUAUCGCAGGCGAAGGUGCUGCAAAGAAAUCACAGCCAUUUUCGCUCGGUUGCUUCCAAUACGUAUUCAAACGCUGAGAAACUCUUCACGGCAUCGAACACAAUUAUUGAAUCGGUGAUUUUAACUACUUGUGAACUGGAUGAGUGA